AGAUCUGGAACAUCAAGCAGAUGAUUAAGUUAACCCAAGAGCACAUUGAAGCCCUCUUAGAUAAAUUCGGAGGCGAGCACAAUCCCCCCUCAAUCUAUGUGGAGGCCUAUGAGGAAUACACAAGUAAAUUGGAUGCCCUCCAGCAGAGGGAGCAGCAGUUACUGGAGUCAAUGGGGAAUGGAACAGACUCUUCAUCAUCCCUGUCCUCAGAAAUGACUCUAUCGUCUGUACCCUCUUCCUUGUCUUUAGUACCCACGUCUUUGUCUGUCCUGCAGAACCCCUCUGACCUAGCUCGUAUUAACCCCAAAUCUCCUCAGAAACCUAUUGUAAGAGUCUUCCUACCUAACAAACAGCGCACAGUGGUACCAGCUAGGUGUGGUGUGACCGUGCGAGAUAGCUUAAAGAAAGCACUAAUGAUGCGAGGUCUAAUCCCAGAAUGCUGUGCAGUCUACAGGGUCCAGGAUGGGGAGAAGAAGCCAAUAGGCUGGGACACAGACAUCAGCUGGCUUACGGGGGAAGAGCUACACGUAGAGGUUCUGGAGAACGUGCCCCUCACUACACAUAAUUUUGUACGAAAAACGUUCUUCACUUUGGCGUUCUGUGACUUUUGCCGGAAGCUGCUAUUCCAGGGUUUUCGCUGCCAAACUUGUGGCUAUAAAUUCCACCAGCGGUGCAGCACGGAGGUGCCCCUUAUGUGCGUCAACUACGACAGACUUGAUUUACUGUUUGUCUCUAAGUUCUUUGAGCACCAUCCGAUAUCUCAGGAUGAAGGUCCAUUUGAAGAGGUGACUCCAGCCGUCGAAUCCUGUUCCCCCUCACCUCCACCCGACUCCGAUAUCGGCGGGUCUCCAAUCCUCCCAAGUAGUUCUCCGUCCAAAUCCAUCCCCAUUCCCCAGCCCUUUCGACCAGCCGACGAAGACCACAGAAACCAGUUUGGCCAGCGAGAUCGUUCGUCAUCUGCCCCGAAUGUCCACAUAAACACCAUCGAGCCAGUAAAUAUUGACGACUUAAUUCGAGACCAGGGCCUUCAGCGAAGUGAAGGAGCCCCUCAGGUCCAGCCGACCCGCUGCCUUCGGAAAUACCACAAUCGGAACCCCAGCCCACUCCUCCAUACACUCCCCAGUGAAAUAGUCUUUGAUUUUGAGUCUGACCCCGUUUGCAGAGGUUCCACGCCAGGGUUAUCGGCGACCCCUCCAGCCUCUCUCCCCGGAUCCCUCACUAAUGUGAAGGCUCUCCAGAAAUCCCCAGGGCAACAAAGAGAGCGCAAAUCUUCCUCGUCCUCUACUGAAGACAGGAGUAGAGUGAAAACACUUGGACGCCGAGAUUCCAGUGAUGACUGGGAAAUUCCAGAUGGGCAAAUCACAGUCGGACAGAGAAUAGGAUCUGGAUCCUUUGGGACAGUGUAUAAGGGAAAGUGGCAUGGAGAUGUAGCUGUGAAAAUGUUGAAUGUAACUGCGCCAACUCCUCAGCAACUACAAGCCUUUAAAAAUGAAGUAGGCGUGCUCAGGAAGACUCGGCAUGUGAAUAUCCUGCUUUUCAUGGGCUAUUCUACCAAACCCCAGCUGGCAAUAGUAACCCAAUGGUGUGAGGGUUCCAGCCUCUACCACCAUCUACACAUCAUAGAGACCAAAUUUGAAAUGAUCAAGCUUAUUGACAUUGCACGGCAGACAGCACAAGGCAUGGACUAUUUGCACGCCAAGUCAAUCAUCCACCGAGAUCUGAAAAGCAAUAAUAUUUUUCUUCAUGAAGACCUCACGGUAAAGAUUGGUGACUUCGGUCUUGCCACAGUGAAGUCGCGGUGGAGUGGCUCGCACCAGUUUGAGCAGUUAUCAGGUUCCAUUCUAUGGAUGGCUCCAGAAGUCAUCAGAAUGCAGGAUAAAAAUCCUUACAGCUUUCAGUCUGAUGUCUACGCAUUCGGCAUUGUACUAUAUGAAUUAAUGACUGGGCAGCUACCAUAUCAGAAUAUUAACAAUAGAGAUCAGAUCAUAUUUAUGGUUGGCCGAGGUUAUCUGUCUCCGGACCUCAGCAAAGUUCGGAGUAACUGUCCCAAAGCAAUGAAGAGGUUAAUGGCAGACUGUCUGAAGAAAAAGAGGGAUGAGCGGCCCCUGUUUCCACAG